AUGGCAGGUUCUAUCAGAACUUUGAAUUUGCAAGGAUGUUCUUUAAUUACCGAUGGUGGACUGUCUUCUUUGGCAACAAUGUUUUUGUUAACAGCUCUGUUAUGUACAACUGGCGGUGAAACCGUCAAGAGUGGAAGGUGUGAGUGCGUAGUGCUGGAGGCAGUUAUAACGGAAAAAGGAAUCUGGAGGUGGCCUCGGCUAACUCUGGAGGUUUGUGGAAGCAGAGUGCGGCUGAGGUGCGGAGAGGUAUUGGAGGUCAAGGCGGUUAGGGAAGCAGAUUAUUCAGGCGUAAGUGAAGGUGACGACGUGAUGGAAGACCUAGAGGAAAAAUGGAAGGAACUACGGUUGAGAGAAGAGGAAAAAAUGGUAAUAGAGAUUGAUGAUGAGGUAUCGGGAGAUCUGCUGAUGAAAGAACAGAGGUCUUUACUCGGAAAACUUUGUUCGAACCGGCUGAUUAGUAAGGAGGUGAUGGAAAGCACACUGGCAAAAAUUUGGAGAAUCAGUAAGAAGGCACAAUUCACUGAGGUGAGUCCGAAUACUUUUGCUAUAGUGUUUGGUAACAUAGCUGAUAAACAGAAGGUCUGGUCAGGCAGACCAUGGCUGUUUGACAACCAGUUAGUGGUGUUGAAGGAGUUCGAUGGCUUUACGCCAUUGAAACAAGUGAACUUUACCUCAGAAAGUUUUUGGGUAAGGUUUCACAACUUACCGUUAUCUUGUAUGACGGAAGUCCGAGGUGAACAGAUUGGGAGUACAGUGGGAAGGGUGGAAAGGGUGGAUGUGCAGGGAGAUGGCAGCGGAUGGGGGAAGUUUCUGAGAGUUCAGAUCCAUAUGGAUCUCAAUCAACCUCUAGCAAGAGGGAGAACUCUGAUGGUUAAAGGCAAUGAGAUCUGGAUCCCAUUUAGUUACGAAAAGAUGCCUAGAAUAUGUUUCUCCUGUGGUUGUAUAGAGCAUGGUCUAAAUGAGUGUAAAGAAGGAGGCAGGAUAGUAGGGGAUGAAAAUCAGUAUGGUCAAUGGUUGAGGGCCAAGCAAGAUUAUAGAAAUAAUUUCUUUGUGAAAAUGCAAAAAAAUGAGGAAAGGAAUGGGUGGUGGAAGGAGAAGGAGAAUAUGCCUUAUGCUGAAGGUAGUGGGGGAAGUAAUAAAGAGGGGGGCAGUAGAGUUAGGGAAGAAAGUGUAGAAGGAAUUGAGGUGAAUGAAAAAGGGAAGGAAAGGGGAUUAAAGGGGAAUGAAAAAACUAAGGAAGGGGAGGACAGUGGGGAAUUAGGUAGUAGUAAUGGGGUCGAGGGAGUAAAGGAAAGGGAUGAAUCAACCAUGCUAAUUACUAUGCAUGGUCAAAAAGAAAAUAUGGAAACGGGGUUGCAGGAUGUUGCAGUGCAGUUUGAGACCAUGGGGAAGGAAGUUGGUAGUGAGUUGAGGAGCAAGGAAGUGGGUGAAAGGGUGGAAGGAAGCAGGUCAGAAAAACUAGGUCUGGAUAUUGUGAAUUAUUCACAAAGACAUAUUAGUGCUUGGGUAAUAGAGGAGGGGGUAAGUAAAUGGCUUCUUACGUGCUUCUAUGGAGCACCUGAAACAGCUAAAAGAAAAGACACAUGGGUCAUGCUUAAGAGUUUGAAACCAAAGGGUGGUGAGGGCUGGUUGAUAGUAGGGGAUUUCAAUGAAAUUUUAACUGCUGAUGAGAAGUGGGGAGGAAAGGUUAGACCAGAUGGACAAAUGGAGUUAUUCAGGGAGGUGAUGAGUGAAGGAGAUUUGCAUGAUCUGGGGUGGAGGGGAGACAAGUACACGUGGAGCAACUCACAUGCUAACUCAACUUUUACUAAAGAAAGGUUAGAUAGAGCUGUGGCAAACCCCAAAUGGAUGGACAUCUACUCUGAAGCUUGGGUGGAAGUGUUAGUGGCUAGAACUUCGGAUCAUAAGCCACUGUUAGUGCACUUAAAUAGACAAGAUCAAAGGGUAGUGGCACAACUCAGGCAAAAGAAAAGAGGUUUUAAAUAUGAGGCUUGCUGGGCUUUAGAGAAGGAAUGUGAGGUGGUCUUAAGGAAAGCUUGGGGAGAAGAUGGACCACAUAACCAAACUGUUAUGGGUUUACUGAAUAAUAGUAGAAAGGCUCUUCAGUUAUGGAGUAAGUCAAAGAGGCAGAGGAGUGGGAAAGAAAUAGAAGAAAAAACAAAGUAUUUAAAGAGACUACAAGCUGAGGAAAGCAGGGGUAAUGUGGAAGAGAUCAGGAAGACUACUACAGAUCUGCAUCUGCUGUUAGAAAAGGAGGAUCUCUGGUGGAAACAAAGGGCUAAAACAAAUUGGUACAAGCAUGGAGAUCGAAACACUAAGUAUUUCCAUGCUUGUGCUAAUCAAAGGAAAAAAAGAAAUUUCAUUAAAGAAAUAGAAGAUCCAAGUAACAAUAUGGUUUGUGGAUUCAAACAGGUGGAAGAAACAUUCAGAAAUUACUUUGGCAUUGUUUUUCAGUCUAUAAAGCCAAGCAAGGUUGAGAUUGAAGCAUGUUUAGUGGGUAUGGGUGGAAGGGUGACUGAGAGGAUGAAUGAGAAACUGUCAAGAAGAUUCACAGCAGUGGAAGUGGAGAAAGCAGUGAAACAAAUGGCCCCUCUGAAGGCACCUGGACCAGAUGGUUUUGGACCUUGCUUCUAUCAAAAUCAUUGGGGAAUAGUUUCUGAAGAAGUAAACAAAGCAGCUUUGGCAAUUCUGAAUGGUAGUCCUUUGGAUCCUACUCUCAAUUACACUUACUUAGCCUUGAUCCCAAAGACGAAGUCCCCUAGAAAAGUGACUGAGUAUCGACCCAUCAGUUUGUGUAAUGUUUUGUACAAAAUAGUCUCUAAAACUAUCACAAACAGAUUCAAAGGGGUUUUAGCUGAAAUAAUUUCCCCUAAACAAAGUGCUUUCCUGCCUGGAAGACUGAUCAAUGACAACAUUAUGAUAGCCUAUGAGUUAUUACACUCAAUGAGAAAUAGGAAGAAGGGGAAGGUGGGAAGCAUGGCCAUGAAGCUAGACAUGUCAAAGGCCUAUGACCGAGUGGAAUGGGAGUUUUUGGAGGCUGUGCUGUAUAAACUUGGUUUCUGUACUCAAUGGGUAGAUUUAGUGAUGAAAUGUGUAAGAACAGCUUCAUACUCAGUGCUCAUUAAUGGAAUCCCUGGAUUAAAAUUUUGGCCUUCAAGAGGGUUGAGACAAGGGGAUCCUUUGUCACCCUAUCUAUUCAUUAUAUGUGCUGAGGGAUUAAGUAGUCUGUUAGACUAUUAUGAGAAGAAUCAUUGGAUCAAAGGGGUGCAAGUGGCUCGAGGAGGGACAAGCAUCAAUCAUCUCCUCUUCGCAGAUGAUUGCAUCUUAUUUGGCAAAGCAAAAAUUGCAGAAUGGAGAAGAUUACAAGAAGUGCUACAAGUUUAUGAAAGGGCAUCGGGUCAGUUCCUCAACAAAGAUAAAACUGCUGUGUUCUUUAGUAACAACUCACAGCCAGCUGAAAUACAGGCUAUAAAGGAGGCAGGCCAGAAUUAUGUUUGUGGAACAUAUGAAAAAUAUUUGGGGCUCCCUACUAUUGUAGGAAGAUCUAAAUUCAACACUUUUAGAAGCCUAAAAGAGAGGAUCUGGCAGAGAAUUGUCAGUUGGGAAAAUAGAUUUCUGUCCCAAGCUGGGAAAGAAGUUCUUAUUAAAGCUGUACUGCAAUCCAUCCCAACUUAUACUAUGGGGGUUUUCAAACUUCCUAGUAGGUUGUGCAAAGAUAUUAAUGGGAUGUUAUCCAAGUUUUGGUGGGAAAAAAAGCAGGAAGGUAGAGGGCUGAUAUGGAGGAAAUGGGAAAGGCUGAGUGAGCAGAAACUGAAAGGGGGAAUGGGUUUUAGGGACUUGGAGAGUUUUAACUCUGCCCUUCUUGCAAAACAAGGGUGGAGAAUCCUCAAGUAUCCUCUUAGUUUGGCUGCAGUGAUUUUUAGAGAAAAAUACUUUAGAAAUGGGAGCUUUAUGGAGGCAAAAUUGGGAUCACAGCCAUCUCUCAUAUGGAGAAGCAUAUGCUCAGCUAGGACCAUUUUGAAAGAAGGGUUGAGGUGGAGAGUAGGGGAUGGAAAGGAGAUUAAAAUAUGGGGUUCGAAGUGGUUGACAAGCCCUACUUCUUAUGCUGUUCAAUCUCCAGUGAAGGUGCUGCAGGAAGAUGCUAAAGUUGAGGAGUUGAUUGAUACUCAGAAAGGUGAAUGGGAUGAAGCCAAGAUUAGAGAAAUUUUUGUAACAGAGGAAGCUGAAAUAAUACUAAGUAUGCCCUUAAGUAGUAGAGGAACAAAAGACAGAUUGGUAUGGGGUCCAUCUCAGAAAGGCCUUUUCUCAGUGAAGAGUGCAUAUUACUUACAGCUGGAGUUAUGGGGAAGAAACCAAGGGGAAAGCUCAGUAGAAGAGAAGAGGGACGAUAGAUGGAACAGAAUAUGGGACUUGAAGGUACCAGGAGUGACCAAGUUAUUCAUUUGGAGGGCUGCAAAUAACUUGCUGCCCACAAAAGAAAAUCUGUACAAGAGAAAGGUGAUUGAGGAAAAAAGGUGCCCUUUGUGUGAUGCAGAGGAGGAAACAAUUAUGCAUGCUUUAUGGGAGUGCCCUGCAGCCAAUAACUUGUGGGGAAAUGAUGAAAGCUGUGUCAAAAAGUGGGCCAGAACUGAAUGGAACUUUAUGUCUCUAUGGGAGAAAUUUAUGGACAGACUCACAAAGGACCAGAUGGAGGAGAUGGCUAUAUUGUUGAGGAAGGUGUGGCUGAGAAGAAAUGAUUGGGUGUUUGAAAGGAGAAUGGCAUGUCCUAAGAACUCGUUCAGUGCUACAAAGGCAGCUUUGCAUGAGUUUCAGGCCUCUCAGUUGGCUUCAAAUCAGAAUGAGAUGGUACAGAAAACAGACACAGAAAGGGUAAAAUGGGAGAAACCAAAGAGGGAUUUUGUAAAGGUCAAUUGGGAUGCAUCUUUGGACUUGAAGAGAAGGAAAAUGGGAAUAGGAGUCAUGAUAAGAGAUGAACAAGGUGAGGCUUUGGUAACUGUCUGUGAUCAGAAGCUGAAUGUGGUAGAAGUAGCAGUAGCAGAAAGCUAUGCCUUGAGAAAAGCAGUUGAGGUAUGUUCUGAACUUAAUAUCCAAAGGGCCAUUUUCGAGGGAGAUGCAAAGGUAGUGGUUCAUGCUGUGAUUGACAAGGAUGAUGUUUCUUUUAAUUUUAGUCCUAUUGUGGAAGACAUACGAUUAUACUUUAGUAACAGACCACAUUGGUCUAUACAGUUUGUGUCUAGAGUUAAGAAUACGACUGCUCAUAGCUUAGCUAAAAGAGCUUUAGUUAUGAAAGGGGAACAAGUUUGGAUAGAGGAGGUCCCAGGCUUUAUUGUGGGAUGUCUGAAGAAUGAUAAAGAUGUAACACAGGAAGAUGAAUGA